CCUCUUAAUUCAUCAAUGCCAGACAGCAGCCAGCUAAGAAGAUCCGGUGACGAGAGAAGUGUGAAGGAACUCUAGCGAGGAAAUCUCCAAUCUAAUCCCCACCUCCUUCCUCCGCGUUUUCUUCUUCAUCAUUCUCAUCCACCUAUAAAAACCCCUUCAGCCACCACUCCGAACUCCUCACCCAAAACUUAUUCAGCCUUCAAUAAAAACUAUAAGCUAAUAGCAUCUCCAAUCCGUCCUCUGCUUCAAGCUUGCUUAAUGAUGGCUAAAUCCGAAAUGGCCAAUGCGCUGCUGCUAACUAUACUGGCCUGCUCUCUGCUUGCCGCCACCGCUGCCGCAGGAAACUUCUACAACGACUUCGACGUCACUUGGGGCGACGGCCGAGCUAAGAUCCUCAAUAAUGGCCAGCUUCUGACUCUUUCACUCGAGAAGGCUUCUGGCUCCGGCUUCCAGUCCAAGAGAGAGUACCUCUUCGGCAAGAUUGACAUGCAGCUCAAGCUCGUCCCGGGCAAUUCCGCCGGCACAGUCACCGCCUACUACCUGUCGUCUCAGGGGCCAACGCAUGAUGAGAUCGACUUCGAGUUCCUCGGAAACCUUAGCGGCGACCCUUACACGUUGCACACCAAUGUGUUCACGCAGGGAAAGGGCAACCGGGAGAUGCAGUUCAAACUCUGGUUCGAUCCCACCACCGAUUUCCACACCUACUCUGUUCUCUGGAAUCCCCAACAAAUUAUAUUCAUGGUGGACGGAACCCCCAUAAGGGUAUUCCGGAAUCUGGAAACGAGAGGCGUGGGAUUCCCAAAGAGUCAGGCCAUGAGGAUCUACCCCAGCCUCUGGAACGCCGACGACUGGGCCACCCGGGGAGGACUCAUAAAGACGGACUGGAAGAACGCGCCAUUCACUGCUUCUUACCGUGGCUUCAACGCGGAUGCUUGCGUCGUCGGCGGAUCAAGAUGCGGCGGAGCAGGAACGUGGAUGGAUUAUGAGAUGGAUGUGACGAGCCAGAAGAGAAUGUCGUCGGUACAGAGCAAUUACAUGAUCUAUAACUAUUGCGCCGAUCACAAGCGAUUCCCACAAGGACUGCCUCCAGAGUGCUCCAUCAAUUGAGAAGGAUUAGGUCUAAGAAGGAAUAACUGUUACGUAUUGUUGUUAAUUCUUUUAUUCUUUCAUUUGUAAUGGAAG